UUCUAAGAAUUGUUCAGUACAUAUUAAUUAGCAAAAAAAAAAAGUAACAAUGGCAAAUAACGAGAGUAUGGAAAAGUUGAUUCCAUUCAUGAAUCAAAUACAAGAUAUAUUUACUAAACAUGCGGUUUCUGUUAAAUUUGAUUUACCACAAAUUGUGGUUAUUGGUGGUCAAAGUGCUGGAAAAAGUUCAGUCUUGGAAAGUUUUGUUGGAAGAGAUUUUCUUCCAAGAGGCAGUGGAAUUGUCACACGCAGGCCACUGAUUUUACAAUUGAUCACCAACACAACAAGUGAUGAAGAAUUCGCAGAAUUCAAACACACUGAAAGUAAAAAAUUUCGUAUCGAUGAAGUUUGUAAGGAGAUUGAGGACGAAACAGACAAGUCAACAGUUGGCGAUAAAGGAAUAAAUCAUGAACCAAUAACUUUGAAGAUUUAUUCACCAACUGUUUUAAACUUGACCCUGGUUGAUUUGCCUGGAUUAACAAAAGUACCAGUUCAAGGGCAACCACUUGAUAUUGCUGAACAAAUAAGAGAAAUGGUUCUUGAGUAUAUAACUAAAGAAAAUGCUCUUAUAUUGGCAGUAACACCUGGUAAUAUUGAUCUUGCAACAAGUGAUGCACUUGAACUUGCAAAGGAGGUUGAUCCUACUGGUAUCAGAACUAUUGGAGUGAUUACUAAGCUGGACAUGAUGGGUGAAGGCAAUGAUGCCAGAGCUGUGUUAGAAAACAAAUUGUAUCCAUUGAGUCGAGGAUACGUUGGUGUCAUCAAUCGUAAUCAGAGUGAUAUCGAGAAGAAGAAAAGUAUUGUUGAUGCAAUUGAAUCUGAGAAAAAAUUCUUUAACAGUCAUCCAGCAUAUAAAUUUUUCUCUGACAGACUUGGUAUUCAUUGCCUACAACGAAUACUCAAUGAACAAUUGACAAGUCACAUAUUUGAGAAAUUACCAGUAUUACGAAAUGAUUUGGGAGCUGAAUUAUCUAAUAUUGAUAUUUAUUUAGGAAUAAAAGAAUACACUCUGAAUGAUGCAGAGACACAAUUACAAGCUUUAUCUGAAAUGCAUCGACUUGUUCUUGACAUGUUCAAUAACGAAAUUGGUUUUUAUGAGUCGGAUCAAGUAAGCAAAACACCAAAUGGUGGUUCAAAAAUUAAUCGAUUGAUGCAUGAAGAUCUUCCACUUGAUAUUGCUUGUGUAACACUAGCUGAUGAAGAACUACGUAAUGAAAUUGUUGGAACAAUUCAAAAUAUUCGAGGUGCAAGGAAAGGACUUUUUUUGCCAGAUAAGGCAUUUGAAAAUGUUGCAAAAGCACAAAUUAGUCGAUUAAAGGAACCAUGUAUUAUAUGCGUCAGCCUUGUGGUUGAAAAACUCACUAAUAUCUUGCUUGAUUGCACUAAGCACAUGUUUGCAUAUCCAAAAUUGCGAGAAGAAACUGAAAAAAUUUUAAUUUCACAUGUCGAAGAAUGUGAAAAAAAAUGUAAAGAACAACUCGAAAUUUCAAUUCAAGUAGAACUUUGCUACUUAAACACUGAAAAUGAAGAUUUCGUUGAUUUCAAGGAGGCAGAAAAAGCUGUGACUUCUCAACUUUAUUUAAAGGGGAAUGGAAAUGCCAGAAAUUCCAGAAAUCCAGAAAUUCAAGAAGCUGAAAAGUUUCAGCUCAUGAUUGAUUCAUAUUUAAAAAUUGUCACAAAAAAUAUUACUGAUGUUGUUCCAAAAACUAUUAUGUAUUUUAUAAUAGACAAUAUGAAGAAGUUUAUCAAGCAGAAUUUAUUAGUAAAAUUACUAAUCAGCAAUAACAAAUCUUCCUUGACGGAAUUAUCAAAACAAGAAAAGGAUAAACGUGAUGAACUCUUUCGUAUGCGUGAAGCUUUAGAAGAGGCUCUGGCAAAAAUUGACUCAAUGUCAUCACUUACUUCAGAAGAGUAAAAGAUAUUUGAUUCAAUUUAUAACUUCAAAAAUUUUUUCUUUAUUCAAACCAUUAUAUUUUUAUAUUCAAACUAACUUUAAUUUUUUCUACUAAUGUAUUCAACGACUACUGUAAUUUAUCUUGAA